CAACAAGAAGUACAUUUGUUAGCAAGAUUAGCACAAGUCUGGUUGAACGUCGCUGCUCUUCAAAUAUGCCGACAACAAAGUAAUUCAUGUCCAAAAAGUUGGGUAGAAACAGCCAUUUGUGUUAAGAGCAGUGUAGUGUGAUACAGCCGACUUUACAUUCAGACUCCGACGUUGCCAAUGCAGUGAUAAAAGCUACAUGUUAACGUUACCCACACCAAAGGAUUUGCCCUCUCGGCAGCAGCUGGCACUUGAGAUUAAUUUACAGCAGAACCGGUGAGAAGAACCGCUGGCUCUUCUCAGGCUGACUCAAACCUCUUUCCAAACAUGUCGUGGUUCAGUCAUGUCAGUCAAAGCUCAGAGCAGCAGCAGCAGCAACAGCCCACUGACACUCACAGACUUUCAUCCACUGACUUGUGUAGCCCUCACCACUCCAGUCUCAGGGGUCCCACACAGGGAUUAUCCACCAUGGCAUCCCAAAACUGGACCGGCUUCUCCUCUCCCAGCCUGGACGUGUUUCCAUCAGUCCCGCAGGGCGUCACCUGCCCCCCGAGCCUAGAGAACCUGUCCUGUGCUUCUCCCAGUGCAGGCCAUGCUAGAGACCUGGAGCCCAUCUCAUAUGUGACCCUUCAGGAGCAGAGGUGCGUCCUGAGCUGGUUCCAGGGCUGGACCCCCACACAGAGGGAGAGGUUUCUGCAGGACCUGCUGGGAAAAGCUGUUCCUGGGAAAGUCUGCACCCUGCUAGAUUCUCUCAGUACUCUUCAGGUUAAAGACAGACUACCAAACAUCUUUGAAUGCCAGCUGCGCCUGUGGACCCAGUGGUUUGACUCUUGGGGAGAAGAGGAGAGGAAUCAUUUCCUGCACAUACUGGAGGAGCGGGACCCAACAUUUGUAGCACACUUCUACAGGAGUGUAGCGGGUACAGCAGGAAGAGACUGAGAAAUACUUGUGAUAGAGAAGCAGAUGUGAUAACAAUGUGUUUAAAAGCAACUUGAAGAGAAAUGUGUAUUAUAUCUAAGAUCCUCUUCUGGUUGAGUGAAAUAUGUCUAACUAUGAUGGGACUUGAAGGUUAUCCAUUUCAUUUUCAGCAACAGAACAGUUCAACAAAGCUUUUUUUCGAUUCAGUUUUCUACACCAGAUUCUUCAGGGCCGCACCAAACAUUACAUCGCUUUCUACAACAACAAAAAAAAGUGUUCUUUCAUGCUUACAUCAUGAGUGAAGCUCUGCCAUUUAGCAACCCUUAUUACGUAAACUUGAAGUAAACCAAUUUAAUAUCUGGCUGAAUUACACUUCAGAGAAUUAUAAUUAAGAAAAUUCUACUUUGUGUAUCUGGAUGACAUGUACAAGAGGACAUUUUUUUUUGUAAACUUACAAGA